GUGUGUGUGUGUGUGUGUGUGUGUGUGUGUGUGUGUGUGUGUGUGUUGAUGCUGUCCUCUGGAUCUGAUGGACUUUUUGCUGAGUUUCUGAAGAUCAUUAAUGAUAUUGAAGUCCGUGAGGAAUCUGUGGAGCUUCACAGAGGGACAGGACACGUGAUUUAAAUUCGUUAGACGCGUGUAAAGUUGUUAUGAAGGCGGAAAUGAGCGCGUGUGUGUGGCGCAGAGCUGCGCUGCUGCUCCUGCUGUGUGCGGUGGGGGAAUGCGGGAGAAAUGCGCUGCUCAUCAUCGCCGAUGAUGCCGGGUUCGAGACGGAGGUCUACAACAACACGGUGGUCCGAACCCCUCACCUGAACGCUCUGGCUGGACGCGGCGUCGUUUUCCGGAACGCCUUCACCUCGGUCAGUAGCUGCUCUCCCAGCCGCUCCACCAUCCUCACCGGAUUACCACAGCACCAGAACGGGAUGUACGGCCUUCAUCAGGGCGUGCACCACUUUAACUCGUUCGACAGCGUGCAGAGUCUCCCGCUGUUACUCCAACAAUCCAACAUCCACACCGGCAUCAUCGGGAAGAAGCACGUUGGUCCGAGCUCGGUGUUCCCCUUCGACUUCGCCUACACCGAGGAGAACGGCUCGGUCCUGCAGGUGGGACGCAACAUCACCCGGAUCAAACUGCUGGUCCGGAAGUUUCUGCAGGAACACAAAGAGGAGGAGGAGAGGAGAAGAAGAGGAGGAGGAGGAGCUCGUCCCUUCUUUCUAUACGUGGCGUUUCACGACCCUCAUCGAUGCGGCCACUCGCAGCCUCAGUAUGGCUCAUUCUGUGAGAAGUUCGGGAACGGAGAGAGCGGAAUGGGGAGGAUUCCCGACUGGAAGCCGCAGCACUACACACCCGAGCAGGUCAAGGUGCCGUAUUUCGUCCCGGACACUCCGGCCGCUCGGGCCGAUCUCGCGGCUCAGUACACCACCGUCAGCCGUCUGGACCAGGGUAUUGGUUUGGUCCUGCAGGAGCUGAGGGACGCCGGGUUCGAGAACGACACGCUGGUGAUGUACAGCUCUGAUAACGGAAUCCCGUUUCCCAACGGACGAACCAACCUGUACGACUCGGGCGUGUCCGAACCCAUGAUCAUCUCCUCACCUGAACACCGAGAGCGCUGGGGACAGACGAGUGACGCCUACGUCAGCCUCCUGGACAUCACUCCCACUCUGCUGGACUGGUUCUCGGUGCCGUAUCCUCCCUACAGCCUGAGCGGCGUGUCUCCGGUCCACCUCUCGGGUCGCUCCCUUCUCCCCGCGCUGUCCUUCGAGCCCGUCUGGGACACGGCGUACUCCAGUCAGAGUCUGCAUGAGGCCACCAUGUACUACCCGAUGCGCUCGGUGAGGCGCGGCCGCUUCGUCCUGCUGCACAACCUGAACUACCGCUCGCCUUUCCCCAUCGACCAGGACCUGUACGUCUCGCCCACCUUCCAGGACCUGCUGCAGAGGACGCGGGCGGGCACGCCCACCGGCUGGUUCAAGACCCUGAGGCAGUAUUACUACAGGGAGCGCUGGGAGCUGUACGACACGCACUCGGACCCGGCCGAGCAGAAUAACCUGGCCUCGGAUCCUGCGUACAAAGAUGUUCUGGAGCUCCUGAAGGAGCAGCUCCUCAAGUGGCAGUGGGAGACGGAGGAUCCGUGGGUGUGCGCUCCGGACGCCGUGCUCGAGGACAAGAUGGAGCCCAAGUGCAGACCUCUUUACAACGAGCUGUGAAGGAUCGCCGGAGUCACGAGUGUUUCUCCAUAACAUUAACGAGGAGAUGAAAAGUGACAUCAUCACCCGGAGACGUUCAAAUACACGCUCGCUAUGAAGUCAUCAUCGUCAUCGACUUCACACAGGAGCCUCGAAUUCUUCUAUUUUUGAUCAUUUGCACAUAUUUUAUUUGUGUACAAAAAUGUACAUAUUGAUUGUUUUUUUUUAAUAAAUAAAUUAUGUAGUAAAUAUUUUGGUAUCUCUGUGUAGAUGCAUUUCUCUGCAUUUGUUGCAGAUGUUUUAAAAAAUGGAACUAAAAUGAAAACAUCAGUCUAUUUUGUAUUAAAAAGCCGCAGACUUCUCCCUCA